AUGAACGGUUGGAUUUCUUCUUCCUCGACUCCCCUGCAAGAUGGCACCCUUACCCAGGGCACCGCCAUCCGAAGGUUCUGCGCUGCACGUAUGGACCAGGAGCGGGACCAAGGUGAAUGGGAUGAUGCCUUCUUUGACAUCGAGGCAUGGUCCUCUUCACGGGAUUCAAGUAGCCCUCCUUGUUCAUGGGCGUCCUUCGAGGAGACUAGUUUCAUUGACAGCGUCAUCAACACGAGCUUAUGCGAACAGGCGAACGAAGAUGCUACUCCGGUGCAAGACCUUCGUAUGUACGAAGUUGCUCAUGAAUCUCUGGAUAUAGUUGGCAAUUCUGUAGACUACUCAGGAGUGCCUUUGGUACCUUCAGGUGUCGUUGACGUAGAAGCUAGAGGGAUAAAUGAAGGCCUUGAGCUGGUCCAUCUGCUCUUGGCCUGUGCCGAGGCAGUGGGAUGCAGAGACGCUCGCCUUGCUGCUUCAACCCUCCAUCGUAUAUGGACGUUCGCGAACCCGUGUGGCGAUUCCCUGCAAAGGGUCUCCUUCUGCUUUGCAAUGGGUCUGCAAUCUCGAUUGUCUCUUUUGCGCAACAUCGGCACAAAUGGUUCCCUAACUGGUGCAGUCACCACCGAUGGCCCGCUCGUCACGAGAGAAGAGAAGAUGGAAGGCUUCCGCCUCCUUUAUCAAACCACUCCCUACAUUGCCUUCGGCUUCAUGGCCGCAAACGAGGCCAUAUGCCAAGCUGCACGGGGAAAGGACUAUUUGCACAUCAUCGAUCUUGGAAUGGAACACACACUUCAAUGGCCUUCUCUCAUCAGGACGUUGGUGUCACGCUCUGAAGGCCCGCCGAAGCUUCUCCGGAUCACGGGGAUCUGCAGCGCCAUGUUUUCCGAUCUCCCUGAGCUCGAGUCCAGCAUGAGAGCCAUAACAAACGAAGCGAAUGCGCUUGGCAUGCCUGUGGAGUUUCGAGCACUGGAAGAGGCGCCCUCCCCACUGCUACCUAACCUCGACCAGCUCGAGUUAAGGCAGGGAGAAGUGGUCUUUGUGAAUAGCAUCAUGCACCUGCACAAGUAUGUGAGGGAGAGCAGGGGGUCUCUCAAGGCCAUCCUUACUGCGAUAAAGAAGCUGAACCCUGCACUCGUCACUGUUGUCGAGCAGGAUGCCAACCACAAUGGACCUUUCUUUCUUGCCAGGUUCCUUGAAUCACUUCACUACUACUCUGCCAUUUUUGACUCCCUCGAGGCUAGCCUUCCCCGGGCUAGCACGCAGAGGUUGAAGAUAGAGAAGUGCCAUUUCGCCGAGGAGAUACGGAACAUCGUUGCAUACGAAGGUUGCGAUAGGGUCGCGAGACACGAGAGAGCUGAUCAAUGGAGGCGGCAGCUGGGCCGGGCAGGGUUCCAGGUGGUUGGGCUCAAGUCCACGAGUCAGGCUAGGAUGCUGCUGUCUGUGUAUGGGUGCGAGGGGUACACCGUCGCCAGUGAGAAGGGAUGCUUACUUUUAGGGUGGAAUGGGAGGCCUAUAAUGUGGGCAUCCGCAUGGCAAGUAAACCCUCUUUCCUCUUCCUGA